CAUAUGACGCAUCUCCUUCUUUUUUUUUGGCUUAAAUUCUAUCCCAAACACAUCACUGCCUUUUUUCUCUGACUUAUCUGACUCCCACCACUGUCCCCCCACUCUCUUCUAACCUUUGCUUUCCCAUAAUUAAACAUCAGUACUUCAAUACCACCAUAUCUCUCUCUCUCUCUCUCUCUCUCUCUCUCUGCAUUUGUUUUGGCAAAAACAAAAGAUACCCACAACCCUGCUCGGCUCGCUUUGUCUUUUGCAGCUUGGACAGAUGUCUCCAAUUUUUAAGCAGUUUUCUUUCUGGGUAUCCUCAAGCUCAAGUUAAGCUAGUUGUCAGUCAGCUUCACUCGCAAGCUCUUCAGAAUGGUCAAUUUUGGGUUUGGAAAUGCAGGACUUGUUUGGUUCAGGUUAUAUUUACCACGGGGGAACUGAUUUUCUGGGUUGAAAACUUUUGCUGGUGUAUUUAUGUUGAUUCAUGUCCAUGAGCUGCAUAAAUGCAAAGAUCAUCUAUUGUCCAUGGAUUGUAGUUUGAAUCGGCUCAAUCCGUCUAUUCUUCAAACACUGUAGAGUCGAAAAGCAGCCCUUCAUUGUACAAUUCAACUUCAAUAUGAAACCAAUCAUUGAUCUUGAAGUGGAGGCCUUCUCAGAAAAUGACUCUGAUGUCAGCAGCCAAGUAGCUUCCAACUUAUCCACCCAUGAAAACUCUGCAGGUCCCUCCAAUGACAGCCUCACUAACUGCUCCAAUCUUACAAAUGCAGUAGCUGUUCCAUCUGGUUCAGAACCAGUUUCCCUAGACUUAACCCUUUGCUCCAACAAUGAUGAAUUAGGGAGAAGGGAGUCAAUAGGACUAUCAUUAUCAAGCACUAGUGAAAGUAGCAAUGAACCUGCAACUCUUACUACUGCAGCAGCCAUACCACGAGUUUUUUCGUGCAAUUAUUGUCAACGACAGUUCUUCAGCUCGCAGGCGCUUGGUGGUCACCAGAAUGCACAUAAGAGGGAAAGAACACUAGCAAAGCGGGCAAUGAGGAUGGGUAUUUUCUCUGAAAGGUAUGUCAGCCUGGCAUCUUUGCCUUUAAAUGGAUCUUCAAGGUCCUUGGGAAUCAAAGCACACUCAUCAGUGCAUCAGAACUUUACACCACUAGUAAGGCCACAAGAUAACAGAAAUUCUGCAAGAUUUGAUCAAGGGUAUCUGGGUCUUCCAAUAUUCGUGGAUGAUGAUGAGGCAGAGCUGUUAUGGCCAGGUAGUUUCCGCCAGGUAGCUGAGGCAGACGACACACAUCAAGGUUUUGUACUCACAGGAAAUCCAAAUAUGAAUUUUUUAGGGGAAACUCCAUCAGCAGAAAUAGACGAUUCCACGCCAGACCUCACACUGAAACUCUGAGUCCUUCAGAGUCUGGGCUGGCUUCAGUACGUCAGCUCUAAUAUUCUCUCUUUGUAUAGCAAGUCGUACAUGAGCCGUGGCUCAGUUUUAUUCUUGCAAGUACUUUCUUAUCUGACUUUCACUUUGGUGUUGUAUGUUAGUGUAUAAGAGCUUCACAAGGAUUAUUUUGGAGCUUAAUUGCUUGUUCUGAUUUAUAUGAUGCUUUCGAUUUGCUGUAACUGAUAAAAAGCUAAUUGAUCUUUUAAUCAUAUUUCCUAAUCUUUUCCAUUUCUGAUCA